AUGGCAGGUACAAAUGUUUUUUGGUGUGAAUUGGUUAAAAUAGUGUACUGCAAAGUGGUAAUAAUGUUUGAUUGGAUUAAAGGAAACAAUGAUUUGUUUGAGGUUAAGAAUGUGACAGUAGCGCACUUGGAUAGAAACGAAAUUAAAGAUCCACUGAAAUUACCUUGUCAAAAUGAGAGGCAGACAGAUCAUACUCAGAGGUUAACUGUGGAAGUGCUGUGUAAGCGAUCAUGCUGUCGAACAAACGGGGAAUUGUUUAAUGAACUCCGUCUGACUUGA